CCUGACACUGCGAGAAGCAGAAUUGGAAGUCAUUUACAUAGUGGCACAGACGCUUCUACUGCCUUGGGUAUAAAUCCAGGCAGGAUGGGGCAAGUCUUGAGAGGAGGGAUCUAGGACUUCUAGUCCCUGAGCUUUCAACCAAAGGCAUCUUCUCCAAGGGGGUGAAUCCAUAUUCUGUUACCACUGGCAGCAGAGAGUGACAUGGAGAAGCAGUUGUGGUGUUUCCUGGUCUUGAUCAGCUUCUCCAAUGCUUUUGGCCAGUCAGACUUGCAUAAGAAGGCCUUUGUGUUUCCCCAAGAGUCGGAUAAUUCCUACGUGUCCCUGAAAGCGCAGUUAAAGAAGCCACUCAAGGCCUUUACCGUGUGUCUCCAUAUCUACUCAGAACUGGCCUCAACCCGUGGGUACAGCGUUUUCUCUUAUGCCACCAAAAAACAACCUAACGAGAUCCUCAUAUUUUGGUCUAAGGGCAGAGGAUAUAUUCUUGGAGUGCGUGGGACUGAGGUAUUAUUCAAGAGUCCUGAAAACACCGCAGCUCCGACACACAUCUGUGCCAGCUGGGAGUCCGCCUCUGGGAUUGCAGAGUUCUGGGUGGACGGGAAGCCCAAGGUGAGGAAGAGCCUGGAGAAGGGAGCCUCCGUGGAGGCAGAGGCAAGCAUUAUCCUGGGGCAGGAGCAGGACACAUUCGCUGGGGAGUAUGAGAAGAACCAGUGUUUGGUGGGGGACAUUGGAGAUGUGAACAUGUGGGACUAUGUGUUGUCACCAGAGGAGAUUAGCACUGUCUAUGCUGGUGGGACCUUCAGUCCUAAUGUCCUUAACUGGCGGGCGCUGAGUUAUGAAAUGAGUGGCGAGGUGUAUGUCAAGCCCCAGCUGUGGCCCUGAGGCCAUGCCGCUGUGGUCCUGGAGGUGUUUCCUGACAGUUGCACUCUGUGGUUCUAGACUGGCCCCAGCCCCUGUACACACACUGCAAGCCAGCUCUGUGAACACAGGCUCUCACAUCCCUGCUCUACCCUCCUCAGUGCCAGAGAGGGCAUUCAAGUGUCUGGCUUGGGAGGCUGUGAACUACAUUGAGAAGUUUUGGUUUUGGUUUUUGGUUUUUACAGCAGGAUCAGAAUUGCAGGUGUGUUUGGUUCUGUUAUUGCUAUUUUUUUUUUAAGUUGAAAAAAUCUUAGAGACAAUACCUUUCCUUCAUGUAGAUGAGAAAAUUGGGACCCAGAAAGGAGAACUGAUUUUUUUUUUUUUUAAAGUCACAAGGAGAAUCUUUCUCUGAGUUGAGAAAGGUGUGCUGUCUUCUACCUAAUUUCCUACCCAAGACUUCCUAGAAAGUAGGAGGGACUUGCCCUUCCAUCUCAGAGUUAUGACAUUGGGCCAGGUCUUUGGAAAUGGGAACUCCUAAAAAAGACAAAAGACAAAAAGGAAAAAAAAAAAAAAGAAAUGGGAAACCUAGCAAUACUGUACAUUCUUCCCAUUUCUCAAAGUACCCCAGAAAGGCAAUCAGAAUGGCCCUAGUAGAGAAGACCUAUCUAUUUCCCUAGACAAAGUGGAGCAUUUAGAUGUAGCUACCGUAAUUAUUAGUGCCAAGGUCUUACAGAGCCAUGUUUUUUGUUUGCUCACAGUGAUUUCUUAAUUUUGUGGUUCUUUCGGGAAACUCUUCUCAAACUCCACCUUUUCCCCAACAUACCCAGGCCACAGAGUGGCUGUGACCCACGCUAUCCUAAUAGAGUAGCCCCAAUCCUAUUUGGAGAUUGGGGGGGAUGAUUGUAUGUUCCUGGAAGGACCAAUUUUAGUCUUCCCAGGAUUGUUUUAUGAACUUUGGGAGUGAGACAUCUUCCUGCUGGAAUUCCAAGCUAUGAGGGUAUUAGCCUGAGAUCUCCAAAAGCCAUCUCAUUUAAACAUGGAGAAGGAAUAUGAGGAAAGAAGCCAAGCUGGGACCAGCAGAGCCAAAGGACUGACAGCACAGACAGGCAGCUUUGACUGCCCCAUUUGAAUUUCUGAGUCACCCUUGCCCAGAACCAGAUCUGUAUCUGGACGUCCCAACUUACUGAACUAAUAAAGCCCUCGUUUACAUUA